GACAGACAUAGUUGGGAAAUGCUGGUAAAAUAAAACCCAUAACAUUUUCAGAAACAUCAAGAUCACCAGUGUGCUGGAUCUAUCCAUUAUUUUCUGGGAUUGGGAAGAAAUGGCUGCAGAGAGGUUGCAUGGUCCUCGAAGGCAUCGUCUGUGUCUGUGGAGGAAGAAUGUACAUGGUCUCUCCUGCAGGCUGCUGUGCUGCUGCUGCUCCUGUGUGGGAGGUGAGGACAGAGAACUACUACCAGACCAGAGCCAGAGAGGGCAGAGCGGGGAGAGGGAUACGCAGCUAGAGUGGACUUGUCUGGGGGACGACCAGGGGAUCUCAGGGGAUGGAGAGGCCAGUGCUAACCACAUCACGGUGGAGGAUCUUGGGCUGGCCAACCCUAGCUUCACUCAGACCAAAGAGGUUGCACCAGUCCAGAUGCUCAGUACUGUUAGUCCAUCUUCCAGCUCUGUGUCGGCCGUCCGCAGGGCACUGAAGAAAAAAGACUGCUGCCUCUGUCCUCCCUUCCUCUCCAGCCGGGAGGAGACCAGCCGGGAGGAGACCAGCCGGGAGGAGACCAGCCGGGAGGAGACCAGACAAAGAGGAGAAGCCCAGCCAGCGAGGAAGAACCUGGGGCACACCAGAGGAGAAACAUUACAGGUGAGGGGGAGCAGAGUGAGGCAAUGGAGGAGCAGGAGCAGGAGAUGGAGGUAGCGGAAGAGGAGGACUCAAUUCUGUUUGACACACCUGGAGGCUCAGGUACAGGUAGCCUCCUCACCCCACCUGUCAUCAACCUGAUCCCUCCCACUCCCUCUGAUGUCAUCGAUGAAGACCAGUUCUUUGAUGACAUCAUCUCGGACGAGGAGAGCGUGGCGCACACGUAUGAGACUGGUAGUGAUGGGAGCAGCAACACCGCCGGAGACCGGGAGGAAGAGGAAGAAGAAGAGGAAGAGGAGGACAGGAUGGAGGAUUUGGACCAGAAGCCUGAAGAGGAGGGGACCAAGAGAGACGAAGAGACCCAGGAGAGGCAAAUGGUGGAUGGGAGUAAAGGGCAUCUGGGAGAACCAGACCAGGAGGUGCUCCUUCAAGCUCCAGCCCCUGAGAGGGAGGGGGAGGUCAGGGCUGCUGAGGAGAAGGAGAGACCCAAGCCCAGCUUCCUCUGUAGUGCCUACCAGGUGGCUCCUCUACCUGAGUACCCCCGGAAGAGGAGCUUCAACUCGAGCAUCAAUCUGCUGUUGUUCACUGAGCACAACCUGGAUGACUGGAGCAACGCGGACGCCAGUUGCCAUGAGUUACUGAGAGCAGAACUGCGACUGCUUCCUCUCAGCACCAAGAUGGAGGCCUCUAUCUACCAAAGGAAACCUGGAGCAGCUUGUUCCUUCAGUCUGGGCGGGGCCACAACUGUGACCGUUCCUAGAAGCCACACCUUCCACUCCUUAUCCAAUCAGAGCCCUGGCCACGCCCAGGAGGAGGAAGGGUCACCGCGGCAACGGCGCAUCACAGUUGCAUCAUUCAUGCCACAGCCUAAUGACCAGAAUGGAAGCUUCCCAGAGAAGGAUUUUGACAGAGAAGGGGGAAAACCUCUAGGAGAAUUGACCACAGAAGAAGUCUGCCAGUGGUUCAGCAGUAUUGGCCUUCAGAAAAGCCUCCAGUUCAUCAGAGAGGCAGAGCUGUGUGGGGCUGAUAUAGCCUCCAUAGAACACACCACCCUCGAUGUCCUUCACAUCUCCAGCCUGCAGGAGAGAGAGCAGCUUUUGUCAGCCAUCUACAGAGAACUGCACCCACCAUCCACAACCUCACAGAGACUGGACUUACUACUGGAAACCUUGGAUCCUAAUGACGUAGAGAAAUUCACAGCAGCAUUAGUGAAUAUGAGCAAAUCAAAGUCCUCUCUGCAAAUAAGCAGCCUCAACAUGAAUCCGAUGAAAUCCUUCAAGUUCAGCCCUAACCUGAUGGUCCAGAGGAACUCUCAGCUGAUGGAGAUCACCAUAAAUGGUUCUUCAGAGGAGAUGAUACCAGACCAACAUGUAUCUGAUCUGGUGAUCUCCGAGAACCAACAAAUAGAGCUGCAGCUGUGCAAAAAAGCGAAGUCUGAAAUUGUAACCGAGGCCCCAACCCCUGGUGUUACUGGUUACCAUGACAACGGACAUGUCAGUCAGAACCACCAGAUACAGCCGAUACAGGUGGUCAGCCUGCCAGGUAAAGAGGAAAAGAUCCGGGAGCUCAACCAACAGGUGGACUCUCUACAAAACGUUAUCCUACAGGUGCAGGAGAUCCAUCACGGCCUGGUAGCAUUCUGUUCGGAGCUGAAGAGUAUGGGUGUAGAGGUGGACACGUCAGGGCUGAGCUUCCUUGAGCUGGAGCAGCGCCUUGGGCUGGCUAUGAGACUGCUCAGGGACAAGAGACACAGUCUACAGAGCCUCAGAGAGACCAUGAGAGAUGCAGGCGCUCACAGGAACAAGCCAUCAGAGGUUUGUCUUCUGGAUCAAAUGAAGUUGAACUGUCAGGUGUUUAAAGAAGAGAUCUCCCUGGUUUACAUCAACAGACAGGUGUCACGUCUACAGACAGCACUACAAGACAGUCUAGAAAAGGCUUGUGGAGGUGAAUGGGGUACCGGUGAACGAUGAUGGGGUACAGUGAAGAGGAGCUGAGCCGCCUACUCCGCCAGGGACCAAGUGCUCAGAUAAUCAUCCUGAGGAGGCCUCCUCCUCCUCCCAGAUCCCCCCCCCCUUUGAAGCAACAUCCUCCAUUAGGAUACACCUAGUACCACCAGGCAAUCCCAUCAAGCAUUUCAUUGACACCCAAUAGACCACCAGGCUGAUCCCAUCUACCCUGAGCCCCUCUCUACUCUACCACCACAAUGAGCACCAGGAACCUGGGGUCUCCACUGAGCCUCUCUACUCUACCACCACAAUGAGCAUCAGGAACCUGGGGUCUCCACUGAGCCCCUCUCUACUCUACCACCACAAUGAGCAUUAGGAACCUGGGGUCUCCACUGAGCCUCUCUACUCUACCACCACAAUGAGCAUCAGGAACCUGGGGUCUCCACUGAGCCCCUCUCUACUCUACCACCACAAUGAGCAACAGGAACCUGGGGUCUCCACUGAGCCCCUCUCUACUCUACCACCACAAUGAGCAUCAGGAACCUGGGGUCUCCACUGAGCCCCUCUCUACUCUACCACCACAAUGAGCAUCAGGAACCUGGGGUCUCCACUGAGCCUCUCUCUACUCUACCACCACAAUGAGCAUCAAGAACCUGGGGUCUCCACUGAGCCUCUCUACUCUACCACCACAAUGAGCAUCAGGAACCUGGGGUCUCCACUGAGCCCCUCUCUACUCUACCACCACAAUGAGCAUCAGGAACCUGGGGUCUCCACUGAGCCCCUCUACUCUACCACCACAAUGAGCAUCGGGAACCUGGGGUCUCCACUGAGCCCCUCUACUCUACCACCACAAUGAGCAUCAGGAACCUGGGGUCUCCACUGAGCCCCUCUCUACUCUACCACCACAAUGAGCAUCAGGAACCUGGGGUCUCCACUGAGCCUCUCUACUCUACCACCACAAUGAGCAUCAGGAACCUGGGGUCUCCACUGAGCCCCUCUCUACUCUACCACCACAAUGAGCAUCAGGUACCUGGGGUCUCCACUGAGCCCCUCUCUACUCUGGAGAUGGAGGUCUCUGGUCCAUAGUAAAGUACGCCUGUUCCAUUUGUUAGUCCCUGUAUGGUCCAUAGUAAACAAAAGUACACCUGUAGAUCUGCUCAUAACAAGAAGGACUCUGAACCCACUAGAGAACACAGUGUUAAUGUUUGUGAACUGUUUGCCCUGCUGAACGUACCGCAGAUAUGUUGAAAAGUAGUAGAUGGCAGAUGUUUUAGUUUAGAUCGGAUGUUUCUGUUUCAUGUCGGUGUUAUUCGUCUCUGAUUCUGAUCAGAAGUACAUCCUUGUCUUUUGUUUUAUUGAUCCUUCAUUUAACCAGGAGGUCAGAAGAUCUCUUCAAGGGGACCCAAGGGAGAACUUCCUGUCAACGGGCAACUUCAUUCUGGGUUUGUCUUAAUGAUAUGUUCCCAUUGAAACCCACAUAGAUAGGACUCAACGUUUGGUUAACACACACAAUCCUAAUGUCUUACCGUUCAUUGGAUGGGUGGAUCACUCAGAAACAAACGUAUAACAAUCAUAUGUCAUGGGAAAGAGAGAGUUUAUUCAACCAUGUCGGUGAGUUAAACAUGAAUAA